AUGCAACCAUGGCAACAGGCAUGGAGGCCACAUGCACCACAACCUACACCAUACCCACAAUCCUAUCCACCACAAGUUCCAUUUCCUCCUCCACCUCUAAUAAGUCCUUACCAACAACCACAACAAUUCCUUCCGCCUAUACCAUCAUCUUCAUCUAAUCCCCCACUUAACCCACCACAACCACCAAAGCCAACAUCAUUGCCCACUCAACCAAACCCCAAUCCUAAUAAUAAGCCAUCCCAACUUGUGUAUACUAAUGAGGUGGUAGGUUAUCCCACUUAUCCAAUUAAUGCAGUAGAACUUGAGGGCAUACAACUAAGGUCAAGAAAAGCCCUCCAAGGUCCUACAAUCAUAGAAAUAAAUGAAGAACUCGAGGAGGAGCCUGAAAAAGAACCUCCAUUUCCUAAUCAAUUUCUUUCUAAACCUGUACAAAAGGAGAUUAUACAAACUGAAUUUGAUCUUAUCAAUGAGCUCCGCAAUGUUAAUAUGAAAAUUCCUUUGUUGCAGGCUAUCAAAGAUAUUCCGGUGUACAAUAAAACAGUUUGA